AUGAUUGAGGAAUUAGAAGAAGGAAUGGACGAUUCAUAUGGUGAAGGAGCUGUAGUGACUUAUACGAAUAUUUCCAGUCAAGUAUUUCAAUUGCUUCAUUAUGAGAUCAUGUUCACACUGGAGGAACGAAGGCAUGGCGCUGUCAUCAUUCAUAUCUUGAUCUGUCUUUACGCCUUCGCUGCACUGGCUGUCUUAUGCGAUGAUUAUUUCUGUGCUUCGUUGAAUAAGAUUUGUAAAAGGUAAGGCACACAUCAUCCUUUUUUCGAUCUCAAUCGAAUAGCUAUUACUUUCUACACGGCUCACAAUUUUUCAUUAUUUUCACAUGUUGCUCCUUUGCAAUUCCAAAUGACUCAGUGUUAAACACAGUUCUCUCAAACAUUUCUGUCACGGCGCCUGGGAACUAUCAUUGGGAAGAUCAUCUUAUUUUCGAUGACAGGCCUCCGUGCCUAAAUAAAGUUCACUAUCACUAUCUUACAAAUCCUUAAAAACUUUACCCACUGUGGUCACCGAAACUUUGAUCGUACAAAGCAGGCUUAAUAGCUCGAGUUAUCAGACACUUCUGAGUGGGAUCUUCUCCGUGAAAGUCUAUUAAUUUCUCAACUUAACCCUGUCCUUAUAAAUGCUAAUAUUAGAUCUACCCCUCUUGAGUUAUUUAAUUAUGUAAUAUUAACCUUAACUAUACUAACCAUGCACUUAACAUUAAUCUUUACUAAUCUUUACUAAUCUUCAUUAAACUUUACUAGUUCUUUGUAGGUUUGUAUGUAGUCUCCCUCGCAGCCUGUCGCUGUGAGUUUGAAUACCCGCGAACAGGCUGCGAGGAAGACCAGUUUGCAUGGCGAUAAAACAUAUAUUUUGUUUGUGGAAAAAUUUACGUGGUGUUUCAACAAACAAACUAUUAUAUAAUUAACUAGUUUACUGACAAGUUGUUUUCCUUUCUUUCUAUUCAAUUGUUCUUUCAAACUAUGUAACCGUUUGUGUAAUGUAUAUACCAUACCCUGUAAAUUCAUUUAGAUUGGUCUGAAGAUGUUAUAUUGUAAACAACGAAACGUUAGUUACUAUUUUUUUAACUUUUAUUAUGUUUGGUUUUAAAGUUAUUUGCUGGGCUCUCCUUUUUAUCUUUAAAUGAAUGUUGAGGGGAAAUUAUAAUCAAAUAACAGCAUACUACAAAGAUGAAAUGCACAUGCAUUAAUAACUGUAAACAUCCCUAUGUGUUUUUUUCUAGGCUAGAUAUCCACCCAGACGUUGCUGGGGCGACAUUCAUGGCGGCCGGAAGUUCAAUGCCAACGAUGUUUAUAUCUGUGACGUCAGUAUUUCUGGACGAGGGAGAUAUAGGCCUGGGCACGAUAAUAGGCUCCACUAUGUUUAAUAUCUUGUUCAUCACUGGGAUAUGCGGUGUGGCAACCAGUGUAGCAAUUAAUCUCAAACCUUAUUCCAUCAUCCGGGAUUCGCUCUGUUACGUCAUCUAUCUUAUGUUCCUCCUGCUUGCAAUGUAUGAUGGGAUGAUCUAUUGGUACGAGGCUCUGUUCGUCUCGUUGUUAUACGGGUUUUAUGUAGUUAUAAUGUGUUAUAAUACAGCAUUAGAGCAUCGCUUUAAUAAAUGGGCGAGGUCUCACUUUAAUCAAACUAGACCACCGAGUCCCACACGCUCUCCUGCAAAAUCCUUUUCAAAAUCGCCGGAGAAAAGCCCUUCGAAAUCGAACAAAAACACCCCUGCUUCACCCAGCAAAAGCGCCAGAGAUCUUGAUUCACAAAAGCUCGCUGCUUUGGAGUUGCCCGAACAUCCGUCUGCAUUGCCUGACGAGCAGCCUCAACUGCCCGAACAUUCACUUGACAGCCAGCCUGCAGUAUCUGGCAAUCAGGCUGAAUUACCUGAAAAUCCUCCCGAGGAAAAAGAGAAUAUCACAUCACUUCCUCCUUCAAAAGACGACGAUAUUCCUACAAUAGUCACUCCUUCCCAUACUUCAAACGUUGACGAAGCCUUUACGGAGGAUUACGAUGAUAGAAUGAGCGACGUACGUUCGGUGUACUCAGACACUGAUGAUACACUACCACAUACGAAGUACGACGAUGAGCCGAUCGAUGCUUUAGCAUGUCCUUCUGGGAGAUGCAAACAAGUCCGUUGGGCAAUAAUGUUUCCUAUUCGUGUGUUGUAUUAUAUUACAAUACCAGAUUGUCGCGUUGCCAGCUGGGAGAGUUGGUACAUAGUGACCUUUAUCAUGUCCAUCGCCUGGAUGGGGGCGCAUUCUUAUGUGUUAGUCUGGGCGGUCAGCGUCAUCGGUGUGACAAUUAGUAUCCCAGAAUGCAUUAUGGGUUUAACACUUCUUGCUGCAGGCAGCAGUAUCCCAGAUGCCAUUGCGAGCUUAGUUAUGGCCGAGCAAGGGAUGGGGGACAUGGCACUAGCCAAUGCAAUAGGUAGUAAUAUAUUUGAUAUGCUGUGUCUUAGUAUACCGUGGUUAUUAUCAACAUCUAUAGUACACCCAAAUUCUCAGGUUUUUAUUCAAGGAGGGAAUAUAGUUUAUGUCUCAAUGACUCUAUUUGGCACGGUUGCAGUAACUUUAUUUAUACUUUAUUGCAAUAAAUGGCGGCUUGACAGGAAGUUAGGAGCGGCAAUGUUGAUAGCUUAUGCAUUCUUUAUAACAGCGGCUGUCGUCAUCGAAUCAUUUCCAAAUCAUAAAAAGAUCACCCACCCGCACCACAGGCCUGACCUGCCACACAAGGGACUUGGGAUUUCUGAGUCACAUCGUACCAAGAAUAAAAUAAAAACAACAGGUUUUACAUGGAACUAG